AUGACACUCUCCAAGAGACCCAAGAGGUCAUCCACACCCAAAACCAUCCCUCUCGACCACUCUCACCUCGUAGUUGGUUCCACCCUUCCAGCGACCCACAUCAAAGGCAGGAUCUCAAUUGUUUGGGGUAAAAACGCUUCUAUCUCUCAAGGUGAUAUACCAAGAGUAUCAUUCUCUAUCAAUCACAAAUUUGUCAUACCCGUAGGAUAUCAACCGAAUGAUUACGUCUUACCCACAGAGAAAGAAAGGAUAGAGAGAUAUGAGAUCAAGAUCAACAUCUACCACUCGAAAUAUAACCCGAAUAGCCAGGUUGACAAGUUGAAGGAUGAUGUGCAGAAUCUGAGUGAAGAAGGGUAUGACUGGCUGAUAGGCUUGUCAAAAAAGCAAGUAUCGAUUGAUACUACAGGUAUGGAAGUUGUGAAGAAGGCGAAAGGACCGGAUAAUGGAGAUGAGUAUAUCGUCGAAAUUCAAGCUAUAGGUGAGAGGGAGCUAGAAUACGAUGAGGGUAGGAAACUCAAGAAAUUAAUGCCUGACAUCCCUUUACCCUCACAGGCCCCUGAAUGGUUCACUAGUUCCGCACCUACCGUCUCAUCACCUGUUCACCCUACUUCGCAACAUCAAUCCCUUGAUACUUCCAACAAAGGUGAAUCAUCUCGAUUGAAACCUUUGACAUCGUUUCCUCCACCUGAUCUCGCUCGAGUACCUUCAAGAUCAUCGACCUCUUCUCAUUCGUCCAUCCCACCUCGACCGACUAAACAACCUUUGACAGAAGAAGAGGAAGAUAGACAAGGUGAUAAGAGGGUCCGGGGUAUUGAGAAGUGUAAAGAAGCUGGAGGAAUUGACGAGCAUCCUGCUGUGAACAAAGGGCAAGUGAAGGAAUCACAGGUAGUGAAAGACGUGCAAAAGGAAACGAAGAAAGGACCGAGAACCGCGGUUCAACUUGGACCUCCAGGAUAUCAGGCUCUAAUCAAUACUGUCACAUCGCCUGUAAACUCUAAAGGCAAAGAGAAGAGACGACCUUUACCGAUAGAGCCGCACGAAAUCGCCAAUCCGGCUGCUGCUAUCAUCGAUGAACAAGAUCGAUCAGAAACAGUGGAGCAAUCUGCGACCGAUCCAGAAUUCCCAAUCAUCUUACACCACUUUCCCCCCCAAACAUCACCCAAGAACAAUCUUCCAAACGCUUCAGCUGACACCUCUCGGUCUAUCCACACGGCGGAUAACCCUACCCCCGCCGAACAUAUCCAUUCAACCCCUUUCAAAGCCAUGACGCCCUUCCGAUCACCAUCAAUCACACCAUUCAACCCCGCUCAAGCCAUUAGCAGUCCCUCGUACCCUUCACGACGACAGUCCAUCCCUGCGGUAUCGCAAAGCAGCCCUAUGGCAUUCACACCGCGUGCGGAGAGGGAGCGACUCGUUGAUGCCAGGAGGCAAGCCGAGGAACAGAGGAGAGGGGAAGUGCAAGCUGCACAGGCGGAAAGUAGUAGAGCCGCCCAAGCGAGAUUGGCGGAUGUGCAGAGGUUAGAAAGGGCGUUGUUUACAAACGGAACGGAGUAUACACCACUUCGACAUCUGGUAUCUGGUUCCAUACGCAAUAUAACAGGAGUAGUGGUCGCAACAAAAGCUGUGACCAAAUCAUUCGAUUAUCUCAUGUCAGUGAUUCUCUGCGAUCCCACUCGUCAUGCGGGCGAUCCAUCAGCCAACGAAGAACUGGUCGUAUCUAUAUUCCGGACUCGACAAUCCGAUCUACCAAUAAAUGUUUCUCCCGGAUCUGUCAUGCUCUUCAGAGGACUCAAGAUAUCUAUGUUCGGUGGGAAAACCAAAGCUCAAGCGUUCUCUAGUUCUAACAAUACUUGGGUCUAUUCCGAGCACGGCAAAGAGAUCAAAUACGAAAAUCAGAGUCUGAUGAAUCCACCUUUGAACAGAAUGGAAGUGGAUAGGAUGGUUGAUUUGUUCAAUUGGUAUAAAGACUUGCAUCAAUUUCCGUAUGGAGCUGGGACCUUUGGGUCUGACACGCCAUCGAGAAGAUCGUCUUUGACACCAGGCGUACCGAGAGAUGCGAUCACCCUAAGUCAAGUUUCUCCCGCCAUCUUCUUCGACGCUGUUGUCAAGAUCAUGUAUGUUGUCCGAAACAAUCUUCGCAAGCCAGACAUGGAACUUUACGUAUCAGACGGAACGACCUCGACAGCUUACCAACUUCGGAAUUUCCAUAAUAUCCAAAUCCAAGGUUUACCCAACGAAGCUUUGUUCAUACUUGCCAUUCACGAUUUACCUCCCGCUCAUGACUUACCAUCUCUCGAUGUGGGGAGCAUAGUCAAGUUGGAAAAUGUGAGAAGUAAGUUGUAUAAGGGUGCGUUGGAGUUGAGUUGGUCGGAGUUACCUACUUCCGAUCAGGCGCUUCAGGGCUGGAGAAGAAGGAGAUGCAUGUUGGUUGAUGAGGAUGAUGAGAGGGCAAGAGUGAUUGAAAGACGACUACGUGCGCUCAAACGAGGAGAGACUGUUGACUCACCGGCCGUAAACACUCACCAGCCGAUAUUAGUGGAUGAUUCUCAUAAUAUUUCCUCGACCACAAACCAGAUUUAUCAGCCAAACGAAAACGUUCAUUCUACUCUCGAUAAUGGUACCACUGGAACAGACCGACCAUCCCGCAUAGCAACUCACCUUCAAACGAUCCACACCGACCCGAUCGAGCAUCCAUUAUCGGCCAUCGGUGAUAUCCUCAACAACCCUACCAUUCCAAACAAAUAUCGUAUCAUCGCUCAAAUCAAAUCGAUUGUUCCCCGCUGUCCAUCCGAUAGUAUCAUUCAAGCAUAUUGUACUCAUUGUGCAUCGUCUUUGAAGAACGGUUGGACAUGGUGUCAGAGCUGUAACGAUACUGACGGAGAACACUCUGAAUGGAGAUAUAGGUUCUUGGUUAUUCUCAAGGAUGAAAAGGGUGACGAGCUGGCCGGGCUGGUAGCGGAUGAUGAAGCUGCCGAAUUUUUACCUCCUCUCCCACCUUGGAGUACCUCGACAAACCCAAACGAUCUACGUAAAUCCGAAAGAAGAAGGGUGGAAUUGAUAGGUCAAGUGUACAAUAUCUUACAGGGUGCCAAGAUGGAUGGGGUUAGGACAAAACCGUACAUCGAUAUGAGUCUGGAAGUUUAUCAUAUAAUCAAGCCAAAUGCUGAAGCGGAAAAUGGGAAGAAGGAGAAGGUGGUGGUGGCCAGAAUGUUUGGAAUGAAGAGCGUUACUCAAUGA